AUGAGCGCUAACGACGCCAAUGCUGGCAGCAGCAUGAGCGGCGGCGCCGACGGCAGCAGGCCUCCACAUGGUGCGCUAGAGCUUCCCCCGGUGAUGGAGAGCGUGCUGCGCCCUCACCAGGUGAGUGCGUUGGAAUUUAUCUGGAGGCGUCUCGUGCUGGACGGCGCGCUGCGCAUGGCUGCUCGAACCUUCUCCUCGACGAUCGAGCAGCGCACUCGGCUUUAUCAAGAAGUGUUUGGCGUCAUUCUGGCGCACUCGAUGGGUCUUGGUAAGACGCUCACCUCCCUCUCCUUCGUGCUGCUGUUCCAGGCACAGGCGCUGCUGAUGGCAAUGAAGCGCGAGCGAGUGCGUCGGCAGCAGUUCGGGAGCGCUUCUGCCGCUACCGCUGCAAGCGUGGCGCUGAAAGGUGCCGUAUGCCCUGCACUCCGUGUGCUUGUCCUGUGCCCUCGCAGCUGCGUGUUGCACUGGCAGGCAUCCAUUUCGGAGUGGAUCCAGCCGCGGUAUGCGGGAACUAUGAAGGUCAACUCCUACGUGCCCAGUGCGAUGGGCGUCUCUCUCAGUGCAACGCACCGUGGCACCGGCGGCCGCUCUAUCGAGGACGUGCUGCGCUCCUUCUAUCAAGAGGGAGGCUUGCUACUGCUAGGCUACGAGGAGUACCAGCGCAUUCUGCAGUACGCACAGACGCAGUAUCGCAGCAACCCCACCAACAAAUGGCCCCGCGUGUGGUCGCUGCUGGAUCGCCUGCGACUCCAUCUUCCGCUUUUUCAGGAGGUGCGCCUGCUGGACAUCAUCGAGACCGCUGACCUCGUUAUCCUCGACGAGGCGCAUCGGCUACGCCGCAGCAGCUCGAACCUGGUGACGGCGUUGACGCAGCACAUCCGCAACAUCCAGCUUCGGCUGGCACUCACGGGCACUCCGCUGCAGAACCACCUCGAGGAGUACAAUACGAUGCAGUCCAUCAUCACCGGCCGCGAGCUUGACACCCAGCUCUUUCACAAACACUUCAUCGCACCGAUCGAGAGAGGACAGUGCGUGGACGCCACGUACCCGCAGUUCCUCGAGAUGCAGCGGUGCGUGGCGUCGUUGCGCAGAUACUUCGCCGACUCGGCGCACCACUGCGGACCGGAGGUGCUGGCGGCCACCCUGCCGCCGCGACGCGAGUUCCUAUUCUUUUUCCGGCUUUCCGCAGCGCAGGAGGCGGCGUACAGGGCGAUGCUGAAGUACUUCCACACGCAGGUCGCCGCUGGAGAAAAGGGAGACUCGGUACUGCGGCUGCACCACGUCGCGUCACACAUAUGCCUGCAUCCCGCCCUAUCGGAACUGGAGGAGCCGCGCAGCAGCACCGCCCUUGCCUCCUGUAAGGACGGCGAGGAGGACGGGGACGACGAGGAUGAGGACGCAACGCUGGCGGCGCCUCCGACCCUGCCCGCGGCGGCCCUCACCGGUGUGGAUGUUUCCAUGUCCCCGAAGCUGAGUUUUGCGUUUCACCUUACCGUGCACAUUGUGCGCGAGCAGCGCGAGAAGGUCGUCAUCUUUUCGCAAUACUUGAGUCACUUGCGACUGAUGGGGCAGCUGCUGGCACGCGAAGGGAUUUCGGCACCAUCCUUGACCGGGGCCGCCUCUGACGCAGAGCGGUGUCGCUGCAUCAGUGAGCUCCAAAACAAUGACGCGUGUCGUGUAUUGCUGUGCUCUGUCCGCGCGGGUGGCGUUGGCAUCAAGCUCACCGCAGCUAGUCACUGCAUCCUCCUCGACGUGAGUUGGAACCCGACGGAUGACAUGCAGGCCACGUACCGACUCUAUCGCUACGGGCAGCUGCGGCCGGUGAACAUCUACCGGUUGGCCACAUGGGGCACGUCGGAGCACAUUGUCUUUGCCUACGCUUUGCAGAGGUCGUGGCUGCAGAAGAAGAUCGCCGACAUCAGCGACCCGCGCCGGCAGCAGCGCCAUCAGACGCGCAGCUACUUCCGCUAUCCGUGCGCAGUCCCUCUACCGGAUGAUGGGUCGAGUCUCGCCACAGAUGAGCAGGUGGCUCUGCAGCAGUCGCGGCCGGCGCUGAAGGAAACGCUGGCGAGCAGUUGCCGGCCGGAUUACGCUCUUGAGGUGUGCGAGAUCCAGUGCCCCAUCGCGGCCUGUGUCCUGCGCGCGCACCCAGAGGAAAAGGCCUACCUCUACACUGUGAUCCCGCAGUCGGUUCUGCUGCUACAUAACGAGGAUGAUGUGAUUCGCGAACGCGGGCGCCGCUUCGAGGACGCAGCGCACAAGUCGCGCGCGUCUGUUGCGAUUCCGCUGCAAAUGCCCAGCGGGGGUGCUCCUCCCGCGCACGCGCGGGAGGACGUGAGUCUGCUGGACGCGUGCGAGGCAGAGCUCGUGGACGCGGCGCGGCAGGCAGCCCAUCUCGUGAUCACGCACGUCUUGCGCGCCCGCGAGGAGGCGGUCAGUGAAAGCGAUACGGUAUCGGAAGUGCGCAUGCUGGACCAGAGCAUGUGCCAGCGACUGCAGCCGCUUCUCGCACCGGUGCUGGAAAAACGUCCGCCGCCGCGGUUCCUGGCGGAGGUGCUCCUGCUCUGCUACCAGGCUGGCGCCGCCGACUUGUUCCGCACGCUGCUGCAGAGCAGCUCGUACCUGAAGCUGCGCACCUAUCUUGCCAGUCGUGUUCCAGCUGUCACCCGACGUCGGACACGAGACACGGCGCUGCCCACUCGAAGCCCUCUGGAGGAGGCCCUACUCUUCACUCCGGUCUCCCUGUUCAAGUCCAUGUCGUCCGUAGAGGCAACGUACGUCGCGACGGAGCUGGGCUGCGACCGCCCGUUUGUCGGCUUCUGCUUGCUGCGCGGCCUGCAGAAGCUGUGGUUCGUGGAUGGGCGCCUCGCCAUCAGCGAGGCUGCCCUGGAAGCGCUGGCGACGUUGCUGGGCAUCACGCCAGGUAGAAUCGACGGCGACAGCGACAGCGCGGAGGACGAGGGGACAGCUGAGGGAGAGGACGGUGGACGUGCGCUCUCGAGGCGGAACGACGACGGCACAUUCGCUGAGGCGCUGGCGGCGCUGGCGCAGUCCGUGCUGACCGCAAUGACGAGCUGUCUGGAGGAGCAGUGGCCCCCUUACGAGGGCUUCGCGCUACCGCCGCAGCACGUCCAACUGGACCGCGAAGAAAUGCGUAUGGGGCGCGCCUACCGUGCAGCGUCGAGGGCGCACAUGGAAGGUCUGCUGCCAAUCGCCCAAGUGGCGGAUCUUCUCCGACUGCCCUCCUACCGACAAGGACAGCACAUGUACGGCUGUGCGCGGUGCCGCAGCCCGCUGUUGCAACGGCUCGACGCGACACACCUGGAGUGCCCGCGCUGCCACUACAACGCCGAGUUCGAGGUGCGUGCCGACCCCCGCACGCAACAGCAGACUGUGCUCUACCAGCUCUCCGUGGUGGCCAACCUGCUCGAUGCCUUCUCCAUCACCAAGAGCUUCGCCGUAUCCUUCUCGCCGGCCGAGUGCGCUGAUGCCAGUGCGGCCUUGCGGGAGGUGCACACAUCACAGGCCGUAUUCGAGUUCGUGCGCCGCACCAUGGAGGAGGGGGUGCAGGCUUUCCUGAGCGAGUACCCGCCGCGACUGAUUCGGCUGCUCGGGCUGCAGAUGGGAACCGGCGGCGACGUUGAGGCGUUGCGGCGAGUGUUGCUGACCAAUGGCCGACUCGCGUCGCACACGAAUGUGCGCGAGCACCUGCGACAGCGCCUUGCGCAGGCGUUUGCCGACUUUGUGCACCCCAGCACGCUCACGCAGUUUGUGGCUAUGCCCCUCAUGCUCAUUGUCACGGCGUUACAUUACCUUGCGCGCUGCGAACGGCUGACCUACGCACACGAGUUGCUUCUGGAUGAGUGCCUGACGCCACGGCGCAAGCUUCUGCGCUUCGCCAGCGACGCCCUCGUCAAGGUUCUCUACGUGGAGAGGCUGUUGAAGCACUGCCGCCAGAAGCCCCUACCAUCCUCGUAUGCCUCUUCGAUGUCCGUGACUGCAUGUGGUGCGACGCUGGGGUCUGGUGCGGUCGCGCCGCAGAAGGGCGCUGUGAGCAACGAUGCCGACGAUGCGGCCUCUCUGACCUCCCUGGUGAUGGCGGCGUCCUCCUCGUCUGAGAGCCGAAGCCGGUCUAGCGCGUCCACGUCAUCGUCAUCAUCGUUUCACAGCGACAGCGCCGCCGGCACACAGCCGGCGCACAAGGACCCACUAGCGCACCUGAUGGGCAGCAGCGGUAGCGGUUCUCGCACCGCCUCUGCCUCUUCGUCCCCCUCCUCGGCUCGCCACAGCUCGUCCAGCUCGUUCAUCUCCGUCUACUCCAGCGAUCGCGCAAGCUUCCCUGACGGAGGCGAGUCGGACGCGGAGGAGCGGGAUGAAGUGAUGCGGGGCCAGCAUGGCACCUUGACGUGGCUGGAGGAACUGGCGGGCAACACGCUGGAGCGGGCCGCCCCCACAGCGGAGGAGUUGGAGAGCGAGGCGGUGCAACAGCAACGGUCCGCCCAGUACUGGAUCGCCUUCUGCGAAGUGUAUGGCACCCACAGCGCGGAGACGCUCACCGUGUACAUCGAGGACACGGCUAGUGGUGCAAAGGUGCUGCCGCCGCCGCCGCUGUCCUGUUGGAUCUCGCAGGUCGCCCACACCACCAUGGCCGGUCACCGCAUGACCGACAUGCUGGACAUCUUCUUUAAGAAGUUACUGGAGCUAUCUCAGCAGGUGCGCGUCAUAUCGUAG